GCCUGUGACUGUGCGACUGCGCUCUUCGCGCCUCAAUUAUAGACAUGCGUAGUGCGUUUUUCUUCCGUGUUACCAGCGGUUCCUACUGCAGAGUCUCAAGCAAUAAGGGUUGCUGCGCUUGUCACUGUAAAUAAAAGGAUGAAGAUAUGAGACUACUGUUUGAGUUUAUCAUGUAAUAAUGCAGUUAUGUCUACAAACUGAAGUCUUACUGACUCUCCUAAAGUAGUAGGUAUACAGUGGAUGAAGCAAUCUUUUGUCAGACAUUGGGAGGAUCUGAGCAAUGAGCAUCCUAAUAAUUGAAGCUUUCUAUGGGGGCUCCCAUAAACAGUUGGUUGACCUUCUUCAGGAUGAUCUGGAAGAAUGUGUCGCUUACACAUUGCCAGCAAAAAAAUGGCACUGGAGAGCACGAACUGCAGCCGUGUAUUUCAUGCAGACUGUUCCAGCUAGUGAUAAAUAUAGGGUUUUAUUUACAAGCUCAGUCCUUAACCUGGCUGAACUGGCUGCUCUGCGACCUGACCUCAGCAAAUUAAAAAAGAUUCUGUACUUCCAUGAGAAUCAGCUGGUGUAUCCUGUGAGAAAAACACAAGAAAGAGACUUCCAGUAUGGAUACAAUCAGAUUCUUUCAUGUUUAGUUGCUGACAUGGUGGUAUUUAAUUCUGUGUUCAACAUGGAGUCAUUCCUUACUUCCAUUUCUACUUUCAUGAAAUUGAUCCCUGAUCACAGACCUAAAGAACUGGAAAAGUUAAUAAGACCAAAAUGCCAGGUUUUAUACUUCCCAAUCAACUUUCCAAAUGUGAGAAGGUUUCUUCCACCACACAAGUUACGCCGUGUUGCAAGAAUGGCUACUUUAGAAGAUGUUCUUGAUGGAGAUCUGUUCAAAGGGUUAACCUUGUGUAGAACAAAUGAGAAUUUGAAAGAAAACAGUGAUUCAGUCAAAAAGUCAAAAGAGAGUGAAAUGCAGGAUGCCUCAAAUCAAGAACUACUUAAUCCAUCAGAAACAGUGGAGGAGAUGAAGAGUGCUAAAUAUUCAGGAAGUACAAGUCCUUAUCAUCAUGAAGCUAAGCUGCAACAUGUGGCCUCUGACCUUUUUGGUAUGAAGAAUGGCACAGAAUACCAGCAAAGGCCUUUACACAUUGUCUGGCCUCACAGGUGGGAGCAUGAUAAAGAUCCGGAGACAUUCUUCAGAGUUCUACUAAAGCUUAAAGAAAGAGGACGUGUGUUCAAGUUGUCAGUUCUUGGAGAGACAUUUACUGAUGUACCAGAUAUAUUUGCUGAGGCCAGAAAAGAGUUGGACUCCUCUGUCUUGCACUGGGGCUUCUUACAAGGGAAAAAUGAAUACCUCCAAACACUGUGUCUGGCCGAUGUUGUCAUUUCAACUGCUAAACAUGAAUUCUUUGGAGUAGCAAUGCUAGAAGCCGUUCAUUGUGGAUGCUAUCCAUUAUGUCCUAAAGCUUUAGUUUAUCCAGAAAUCUUUCCAGCUGAAUAUUUGUACUCCACACCUGAACAGCUCUUAAAGAGACUUCAUACUUUCUGUAAGAAUCCGCACAUUGUAAGGAAUCAUUUCCUUAAGGUUAAGACAGACCGCUUUUCCUGGGCAACACUACGUGAGAAAUUCAGGUCUCUGCUCACAGCAGAAGCCAGUGAAGAUUUGUGACAGAUGGGGCCAAGUCACAAACUUGCAGCCUCAGGCAGAAUCUGUAGAACUUUCCAGAGUGUGUCCAUAUUUACCUGAUCAGAGAAAAAGGAAAAUCUGCAGAGGAAACUGAGCCUGGCUGCUUGUCAUAGCUGACACAGAGCCAUCUGCCACAAACCUGUGGCGGCUUUAGAUCUCCAGUCCUUGCCACCACCCCAGCUUAAAUUAAAUACAGAUUCAGAGAGACGUUAUGAUGGUUACACAUGUCCCCGGCAUCACAUGCAGGAGACUCUGUUAAAAAAAAUAUGUGGCCUGUUGUAUAACCGCACUCAUGUAUCCCAUAUGUGGUGCCACAUUGAAUUUCCGGUUGAAUCUGUUUUUAUCCUUUGUACUGGAUGACAUGGUGCCUGAGUUCUUUCUUUUUGCCGACAUGAUGGCAGCCAAGCUAUGGCUUCAAACGUUUGCAGUUGGCUGGCUUUCUACCUAGGUUGCCAGGUUAUCGUUAGAGCCUUGUUGUGUCCUCAGAGGGCCACAGGGCCUGAAAGGAGGAUCAGAGUGUGACUGGACUAAUUGGGCAGUCAUCCAUGAAUUGUUUUCAGGCAAAGGGCUGCUUUAGAGCUUUCCUGUUUUGCAAAUUAAUGACUCUGGCACAGGGGUUCUUAAGUGAAGGUAUUAAUAAGGGGUCUGGCAGGUAUUCCCAUGAUUCACAGUGUUACAUUUGCAUUUAAUUAAUCUUAAAGAAAGCUGCAAGAUAAACAGCUGUAAUUCAAGCUAGCACAGGGAAUAUGCUACAUGGUGCCAUCUAUCUGAUGAAAGCUGAGACACUAGUUUUAUUUUCUUUCCAGGAUGGUGAAUAGAUGACAGAACUGCACAAUGCCUCUCAUAAAGCAGAGGCUGUUUUUUAUUACAUACUAAUCACAACUCAUGGAGAAAUAUUUUUAAAAAGGUGACUGAUAUAUGCUGCUAAUAAGUGCACGGUAUUGCUAUUGCAAGUAGCAGUUUCAGGUGCAGUGCAUAUGUUACUCUGUUUUCACAGCUGAAAGUUUUAAUCAAAAUGCAUGGUAGCCAGCUAGCAGAAAUCUGCUUUGAUCAAAGCAGAUAGAGCUGUAACCGGAAUAAAGUCUGACAUGUUAUCAUACUGGGGGUUUUAACUUUUGAUUGACUUUUGUACAGAAUGUAGAUAUACAGUUUGUUCAUUUUUUCAGGAGAUGAAUCUGUGCAUUGAUUUUUUCUUAAGUUGCAGAAUAAGCAGGUUUCAUGUAAGAGGUGUUUGAUGUAUCUGAGUCAUCUCUGAACAAAUGCAAUGUUCAAACAUAAUUUCCGUGUGGACAUUGCUAGUGUAACAUAGUAGAUUUAUUUAUAUUUUAUUUGCCUUAAAGAAGGUGUACCUGCAAAGCCAAGUUUGAUUCUCAGUACCUCCACUUUCAUAAGGCUUUAAUCUGAGGCCGUUACUGUUCCUAAUCAAAUCCUGGAAAUCUGGCAGCUUUAUCCUAUUGAGAUUAAUUAAUGCAAUUCUAAUGGGUCUUGGUAGUUACCAGAAGCUAACCAAUGUGUUCUGAUCUGUCAUUGUUAAUGCUUUUUGUGUGAAUGCUGUGUCCUAGGUGUUAACUAUAGCUGCCUUGUUAUUCCUAUUUGUUGUAUAGUUUAUUAAUUUGGUUAAGUUGAUUGCUAGUAAUCAGGAAUGGCCUUUUAAGAAGAGUCCUAUUUCCACAGUGGUCCAGAAUACAAAUGGAGCAAAAUUAUAACUGUAUCUGGUCUUAGCCAGUUAUAGUAAUCGCAUACUUUUUUUAUUUCAGGAUAUAAGGGAUAGCAUCGUCUAGUGAACCAAAAAUAAAUGCUUGGCAAAUAGAAUUAAAUGCAUGAAGUGAUAUCAAAAUGUCAAUACAGUAAAGAAAUCCUUUUCUUUUGACCUGUGUAUAGAGAAGCACUGAAUGGGAUUACAUUUUUACACAGUUGUUUUCCACUACUAAUCAUAAUUGGAGUACAUUCUGGAAACUUAAAACUGUAAAGAAAAAAAUUGAGAAGGUGCUGAAAUGUACAAGUUUCAGUGUGUCCGUAAUACAGCAGGCUUCUCAAUGCUUGUUAAAUUGUCAUGAGAAAUCUAGGCAGUCUGUCUAGCUACAUAUGCUUGCAUAUACACAGUUUGCUUUACUUUAAUUAGAUGCAUUACAUGUGGGUUGUACAUUAGCCAGUCAUAUCAUCUGUACUAGUAGGCUUGCUGCUUGGGAUAUGUAGUUUAAAUAUUUCUUCUUUUAUCAUGUCCUACUACCUGUACCAGAUUUGCUUUGGAGGCAUUUGUUCACCCAUUUCACUUAUGCAGUGGGAUAAUCUCCCCACUUUUUUAACCUAUUUUCAUGGAAUAUAACUAAAGUGGUUAUUUUUGCCUCUGAAAUGCAUGUUUGGUGCAAAAAUGUAUAACUGAGAUGCAACUCUAGCCAUAGUAUGUGACAGCAGGUUAGAAAAAAAAAACUUGCAGGAAUCAAAAAAACUGCAUAAGCACUACAAGUUUCUGACUAUGCCCUCUUUAUCUUGUAUUAAACGUAGUUAUCUUGCUGGUUAUGAUAUUUGUACAUAUUGGUUUUAUAUUUUAUCGUGUCCUGGCUGAAUAUGAUCCUAUUUAUAUCAAGCCAGCUACCGAAUUAAUACAUGAAUGUGUUUACUGAUUGACUGGAAAUGCGCUGUUUGUUUGUCGGUUUAUUUUUUUUCUGUUAACUGUAUAUGCCCAAUGAGGCAGUAAGCCCUUGUUUCCUUUUUGCUUUUAAGACCAUAAAGAAAUGGUGUCCUCCUUUGGGUCACACAUUGUUAUUAUCUACUGCCCGACUUCUUAAAGUAUACUGCCUACAGUGCUGUCUUGUCCCAAGCAAGUAUUAUUUACCAAUGUGAAAAAUAAUUAUAUGUUUAAUAUGGAUACAAGAUAUGGAUACUAGUUUAUUUUAGUUCUGACACACUGCACUUAUUUUACUUUAAUAUUUUUUGUAAACAAGACAAAACAAUGAAAACAUUUGAAUAAUUGUUGAAACAUUUGUACUUUAAUUUUAAAUAUUGAUGAUUACGUAGUGGGCAUUUUGUGAUAACUUCCACUUUUGUUAUUAGUGCAUUAAAUGCUGUUUCAUCUACUGUAUCAUCAUUUUACUGUAACAGUCACAAUAGGUAAGCCACUUUCAUCCUCGAAGAAUUGCUGAAACAAAGCUGUUUCCACAUUAUUUCUGAGGUACUAAUUUUACAAAGUAGUAGUAUGGUUUUCCAGAAUACUACUACUUUCCUGUUUCAUUAUUACACAGGAUUUGAAAUAGUGCACCUUUUAUUGAAAAUGUAUGUUUUAUAUAACACAUCUUUAUGGAGUGAAAAUAUGCCUCACAUGAUAAUUCUUUUAAUGUAUAUGCCCCGAAUCCCAUUGCCCAGCUAAUGCUUAGUGGAGCAUAGCAUUUUUGGAACUUCUGUUCCGUGACAUUAAAUGGGAUGCUGUGCCUUUAAGCAAAAGAGGCUAUCCUUGUCAGCAGAUGCUGCUUGAAGUGCUAAAUUCUUAAAUCUAAUUAAAGAACAAAGGUGUGUUGUUUCAGAUAUCGAAUCAGUGUCCAGUGUUUCAGCUACACCUUUUAGCCCUGGCUUUGCAGAUUAAUUAACACAUGCUCUCCAGAAAGUUAAACCCUCAUUUCACCGAUACCUCACAGCUGUGUCACAGUGCUAUGAUUUAAAGAGAAAAAAGGAAUUCAGACAGCACUACCAUUUGAGGCAUUGCUUUCUUCUAAGCAUUUACUCUGUGAUAGCAUGUCUCAUUUUGGUGCUUCCAGCUAUGUUCUCUGCCUUUCAGAUCCAUUUGGCUCUUCUUACACAGGAACACUAAUGGUAUUAUUCUAGGUCAGGAAGGUAUAAGAAGUUAAAAAUGGUCUGAUGGAUCAUAACGAAUUGCUUCAGUUUAUGUAUUUUAUUUUUAACAUAAAAUGGUUUUAUGAGUUAUUAUUUUUUGAUAGUAGAAUAUGCUACAGUGUCGUAUUAAUAGACUUUGCAGAGGUAACAUGGACCCCUGGGUGCAUCAGAAAGCUGUCCUCCUACACGAUAGUGCAUGCAGCUGUAGUUUAGCCUCAGGCACACCUACUCAUAGACACUAUCUAAUGCAUUUUACAUUUGUUCUGAUUAAAAAAAAAAGUAGGAGGACUUUGCACUCUUUGUUCCUUUUGUAACCUAUAUCAAUUGGCACAUAGAAAGUGUAGUAUGCUUUUGUUGGCCUUUAAUCUGUAAUUAGGAAUUCUAGGUAUUGGGCACUCCACUGUGCCUGCCUUUUGAGUUGACAAAUAUUACUAAGGGAUCAUGGUAGCUGAGCACAGGAACUAGAAUAAUUACAUUAUUGAAGCACAGGGAAGUUUGGAGGGAGAUUUUUUUUCCUGUGGCUUGUCGUGUAAUUUAAAUGAUGAAUAGUGAAGCCUUUAACCCCUUCACUGCGGCUGAGUCAGGCUUUUGUGUGAGCAACAGAGGGUGCCAGGUAUUUUCUUCCGAGAACUUUAACCAACUUCAGAUAACUUUCUUAAUUUUCAUGUAUACUGAAGUUCUCUCCUGCAGCGAAUCCGACUGUAUCAGGUCAAUGGGUUUCGGCUGGCUGAACUUAAUAUGUGCUGUGGAAUAAGCAAACAUUGACGGAAUGUGUUUAAAAACUCUGAAGUGAUAAAAACAGUGUGUGUGUGAGCUGAAAUAAGAUUGUGUUUAAAAUAGAUAACUAAAUGGGAGAAAAGGUCAUCAGUUUUGUGUAGAAACAUUAUUCUAUUUAUGCUUAAGCAUAUGAAACUUUUUUCUUAAAUUAUUUGUUUAUAUUUCUUAACCUUGUUUUAGUAUUUUAAUGAAUGCUUUUAUGUCACCAGAAUCUAUGGAAAUUUAGCAUGUCAAAACUGAAAAUGAAAAGUAAAUAUUUUAUUGUAUGCUUCAGUGUUUUCUUUUUUAUAACUAAAACACUGUAUAAUAUUUAUUGAAUCUGACCACUAAAUUUGCUGAACAUGGAUUUCAAAUAACACUGUGUCAUUAAGUUUGCAUCUUUGGAAACAAACAUGACUAAAAUAAGAUUGUGAAACUGAAGUAGAGCCAGAGGUCUUAAACAGGCAGUAGGGAUGUUUUGCAGCAUAAUAACUGACUUUGAAAUUAUCGUUCUGGCAGCUGUAACAUCAAGACGCAAGUAACAAUAUUGCAUUUUCUUUUCAAGACAAACCGCUAGGCUGAUUCCAGGAUUGCAUAGCUGCAAAUCCAUAUUUCUUCAGUGCUGUCUAAAAAGCCAAUGAACAGAACUUCUUUUAACUCAAUAAUAGGUUGCAAAGUAAAUGGACCCUGAUGGUCAACCACGUACAGUAUAAAUACCCACUGUCUACUAAGAAGUGUUACAUGAGGCUUUGGAAUACAGAGGUUUUUGGUGCAGUUUUUCUCUGUUCUGCUGGGUCCAAGCCUUAAAAAAGGCUAGUGUGAUUGUUUAUGUAACUUAGCAGAAACUGGUCGCUUUUUUGUAUUUGUGAAUAUGAUAGCUUGCCUUCUUUCAAAACAGUUCGAUUUGCAAUUGAAAUGAAUGUCUUACUUACAUAACUUCUUUGCAGAAAAAUGAAAUAAAGUAUCUUUGUAUGUUUUAAA